CCGAAGUGUCGCCAUUGGAACCAACGCCUUGGUCGGCAGGGAGUUGGCCGGAUGAGUGGCGGAGCGAGUUGGAAAGCCGCGUUACCAUGGCAGAAAUGGAUGAGCAAGAGAGAAAGAUUGUCAAUGAGUUUUGUCACUUGCUAGAGAAGUCAAAGCAACUCUUCAAUGGACUUCGGAAUUAAGUAAACAAAUAGACGAAUAUACAACUACAUAUGAACCAGAAGAUCAACUAGAGUGGUCUCUGGUGCUUGGAGAGAUUAAAUCUUUUAUAGAUGCUGAUAACACCAUAAAUGUUCUGGAUAUGGAUUCCAACACCAUUGUGCUCUCCCACAGGUUGAGUGCUCAUAAUACUCCUCCAGUUGAAAAGACUCCUAUGAUGAAUCUGAGUCUUCAAGAAAUUCUUAUAGUUGGCAACUGUAAUGAUCAGGUAAAAUUCAGUGAACUCACAAUUGACAUGUUCCGGAUGCUACAAACUUUAGAACGAGAACCACAAGAAGAUGUUGCACAGAUCUAUGAUGCCUCUCCAGCACCUAACAAAAUACCCUUUAAUGGAGAUACAGGAAGCAGAACACUAAAACGAGAAAAUCCACAUAAAUAUCUACUGUAUAAACCUACAUUUUCUCAGCUAAUGGUAUUUCUAGCAUCAGGCUUUAAAGAACUUCCAGCCAAUGGUGCAAUGCUCCUAUAUAUUUCUGCAGAUGGAGCAUUCUCUACCUCCAAGCACCCUCAGGACCCUGGUUAUGAUUAUGGUGGCGUUGUUACAAACAGCAAAAGAGACCCUGAUCACUCAAACAAGCGUGUCAUGCAACUAAAGGAUAUGCAUUGUUUUUAUCCUGGGGAUCUGUAUGCUUUCACACGCAAGCCUUUGUUUCUGGUUGUGGAUUCUGAUAACUCGCCAGUUUUUGCAAAUAUGCCACACUACUUUGGUCAGCCUCUUGUGGUUUUAAUGUCACCACAAGAUACACCAUCCCAGUUUCAUGAUCAGCACCACCGAGGAAACUUGUUCACCUUAUUCCUGCAUUCUCCACUAAUGGGCAUGUGUCUAGUGAGCUCAGCAUGUGAAGUGCCCAUGAAUCUGUGGGAGAAGUGUCAAGCUCUUGUUGAUAGGUUCAUCUCUGAGGCAUCCAGAUUAGUCACACGUGGGAGGAGUGUAGAUCCAUCUUUUCUUCAAUUUUUUGGUGAUGAUUUCCUGAGACUUUUGACUCUACGCUUCAUCUUCUGCUCUACAGUGUUAAGGGCACACAGAGCUUUUAAGGGGCGACAGUUCUAUCCUAGAUGUCAUCCAAGCUUACCAGAAGGUGAAGUGCUGGACCAUCCUAGUCUUUAUGCUAUAAUUUUAGACUUAGCUACUACACUUGAUGUGUCACAUCUAUACUACGAUACACAUGACCUCCAAUGACCUUCUGCCACAUGCUGACCCUCAGCUA